AUGUCGGGACACAUCGAUCAGUUCCUGAUCGCCACCUUCAUGCAGCUGCGGCUCAUCUACAGCACGCACAUGGCCGAUGAGCGGCUGGACAAGAGGGACAUCAUCAAGCUGUACAGCUGCAUCAUCGGGAACAUGCUCUCUUUGUUCUCCAUGGAGUCCCUGGCCCGAGAGGCCUCUAUGGGUGUGUUGAAGGACCUGAUGCACGGUGUGAUAAUACUGAUGCUGGAUGACCGGAUGGAGGACAUAGAAGACGGACGGCAGGUCAUCAGAUCAGUCAACAUGCUGGUGACCAGAGUUCUGGAGAAGUCUGACCAGACCAACAUGAUCAGGUCAGUAUGCAGAGACGGUAACAUUGGUGUGUGUGUGCGUCUGUCCGUCUGUCCCUGUAUCUGUCUGUCAGUGCGUGUCCUUGUCUGUGUCUGACCCUGUGUGUGUGUGUGUGUGUCUGUUUCUGUGUGGGUGUCCCCCCGUGUGUGCGGUUGUCUCUGUGUGUGUGUGUCCCUGUAUGUCUAUGUGUCCCAGUGUGUGAGUGUCUGUCUUUGUGUGUGUGUGUCUCUGUGUGUAUAUGUCUGUGUCUGUGUGUGUGAGUGUGUAUGUCUGUGUGUGUGUGUGUAUGUCUGUGUGUGUGUCCUCCCCUUUUGCCUGGCUCGUUAAGGGAAGAGAGAAUUUGCCCAAAAGAUAUCUCCUGUCCUCUCAUCCAGUGACAUGAGGUUCAUGGUUGGUGAGGCACUGACUCCUUUAGUGUCAGAUUUACAAAUAUAUAAACUAGGGCUGGGCAACGAUUACAAUUUUUAAUCACAUGAUUUCCCUGAUUAAUCACGAUUAAUCGCAUUUGUAUAC